AUGUCUAAACUAACUCCAACUUCAUUUAAAACUUUAUCAAAUGGAUCCAAAAUCCCAAUCACUGGAUUUGGUGUUUAUUUAACCCCACCAGGUGAAACUUAUAAUAUUGUUCUUAAAGCUUUAGAAUCUGGUUAUAGACAUAUUGAUUCUGCAAGAUAUUAUGAAAAUGAACAAGAAUCUGGUGAUGCAAUUUUAAAAUUCUUGGAAACAAACCCUCAAGUUAAAAGAUCAGAUAUUUGGUAUACAACAAAAUUAUUUAAUUUAAAUUAUGAUGAUGCUAAAGCUGCUAUUAAAGAAUCUUUUGAAAGAGUUAAAGGUUUAGGUUAUAUUGAUUUAUUUUUAAUUCAUGCUCCUAUCACAAAUAAGACCAAAAGAUUAGGUCAAUACAAGGCGUUACAAGAAGCUGUUGAUCAAGGUAUUGUUAAAUCAAUUGGGGUUUCAAAUUAUGGUAUUAAACAUCUUGAAGAAUUAUUAUCAUGGAAUGAAUUGAAAUAUAAACCUGUUGUUAAUCAAGUUGAAUUACAUCCUUGGUUACCUCGUAAAGAUAUUCAAGAAUUUACUCAAAAGAAUGGUAUUGCAUUAGAAGCUUAUUCACCAUUAACCCAAGGUAAAUAUCUUGAUGCACCUGAAGUGGUUGAAAUUUCCAAAAAAACUGGGUUUUCUCCUGCUCAAAUUCUUUUAAAAUGGUCUUUUGAACAAGGUUUUAUUGUUUUAGCUAAAACUGCUAAUCCUGAUAGAUUAAAACCAAAUUAUAAUGUUUUAAAAGAUGUUGAAAUAUCAAAAGAAGAUUUAUCAAAAUUAGAAUUCCCUGAUUCUUAUAAAGUUUUCGCUUGGGAUCCUGCUACUUUUGAAGAUACUGAAUAA